AUGGAAGGAUUGCUGAAGGUACGAGACAUUGUGGUUAGUAUUGCCAACAACCUCAAUACCAGGGACUAUAUGAAUUUUCAGCAAAUAAAUAAGAUUGUGCACGAUGACCACCUAAAUGGUGAUGUUGAUGAUAAGUAUUGGGCUCGUAAGCUGCUGUUGAUGGGACUAAGAAAAACUUAUGAUACUAAAAUUCCAGACUCUCACUUGAAGGACAACUCUGAUAAUGUAUUGAGGGAGGAUUCGACUGAAGUAUUCGAACAUAUUCGAACCUUCCCGUCAGGGAAUGCUAAGCAAAUCUUCAAACUCUUUUACCGCUGUUUCCAGCCGUACUGCAAGAAAUUGCUGCAAAAUAACUUAGCGCACUUCUUCCCUGAUAAGUAUGACGAUGAUCCUGUCGUCCAGGUUAAGAUCUUCAAUUACAUCGGUAGAUACAACAAAUCGAAUAUCAAUGACAUCGAAGAAUUCCAGCGAAUAGAACAAAAUUUAGUUAUAUUGAAAGAAAUUUUUGUCAAUUCAGUGUUACAGGAGAUGGAAGAUAAUUUUGGAGUUGCAAAAUAUGAAGUGGUGAGCAAAUUCAUCCAUGUUCUGUUAUUAUGCCAUGAGGAAAAGAAUGCUAUAGAGUUUUUCAAAUCCAAGGCAGACUUUUCCCUUGAGAUGGAUAUGCCUGAUAGUCACUUUGAUCAUGAAGGCCUACUGCAAGUUGAAAGCUUGACUAACACUUUAUCUUCAAUGGGAGAUUUUUUAAACUCAAAAAUAAAGUUGGUAGACAUACUUUUUGAGGAUAGAUAUCCUGUGGUUUUACAAUUUAUGGAGGGUUUCAUCCAGGAAACUGUUCUUGAUCUCAUCAAUGUCCUGUUUGGAUCGGAUGAUACUAAAUUAACUAACAUGCCAACUGUAUAUCGGCAAAUCAAAGAGAAAUUAUGCGACGAGUUGCUGGAAUCCAAGAACGCUGGUCCUGAUUUCCAUAAAACUGUAAAGGAGUUCCUGGAUAUGUAUUUGGAACCAAUCAUUAUUAAGUACAUGAACAUCCAGCCACAAGAAUUCGAGAGAGAGGUAUCCAAACAAUUUGAAUCAUAUAGGAAGGAAGCGGCGAUGAAAGAAAAGGAGACCAAUGAGCAAAUUUAUAAUUCCUUGAAAGAUCAAAGCUUCGAUGGAAGCAACAUUACAGAUGAUAAGAAUGACUUUCUUAGCUCCUUCACAAAAAUCUUCAAACUUCCGAAUAAUGAGAAACAAAAAACACAGGAGCAGCUGCAACUGGCUUAUAACCUGAAUCUCAUAAGCAACAAUCUACAAAACAUCAAAACGUUUGUGAGCUUGGACCUUUGUUAUAAGGUUGUUCAGAAAGCGCAACAUAAAACUGAUGAAAUGUACACUUUUCAUGAGGUUAAAAACGUAGUCGGUACUAUGAGACUUAAAUGCCAAGAAGUCUUCAAGAUUCUGAUUAAUCAGCUCAGCUCCAGCCACGUUAGACCGGCAUUUGAGAAAGCGAUGACUCUAUUAAAGCAAUACGAUUCCAACGAGAUUCAAAGAGUUGAGCUGAAACUAGAGGGAGUUGAGACUCAGGUUGAGCCUUUGGUUCAAUUUACAGAGUUGAUAAAUAUCGGCGAUAUUAUACUGCAGAUGAUUUCAAUUUUCUAUCGAGAUGAAUUGAUACAAAAGAAUAUGAUUGAUAAAAAUAGAGAUUUCCUUAAUGAUGUUGUUCAAGCUAAAAAGAGCUUUGAAAUUCAACUGGAUGACUAUGUCGCGGAGGGCUUGAAUAUUGGUAUAAAUAAACUAAUGGAUGAGGUUGAAUUUGUCUUCAAUACGGUUCAAAUACCUACCGAUUUCAAUCCCGACCCGAAAGACUCAGAUUUCAGCCGCAGAGAGAUUAAGCCAACCCAAUGUGCUGAGAAAAUUGUCGAGCUUUUAUCAAACCACUCUUUCCUGUUGACUGGUGCAACAGACAAGGGUACGAUUGAUGUUUACCAACAAGAAAUAGGAGAGCGAUUCUUUGGCGAAGUUGUGAAGCACAUUAAAAAGAACUUCAUUUCAGCUGAUGGCGCUAUAUUUCUGAUAUGUGAUCUAAACUGCUAUUACGAUUUUGUUGCCUACAAGCUAAAGCAAAAGAAUAUUGUCCCACUUUUUGCCGCUUUGAAGAAUGUGGCUCAACUGUACAUUAUAUCAGGUAAGGAUUCUAAGGAGCUAGGCAAGAUGAUAUCUGACGUUGGUCGGUUUCAUGGUAUAUUUUCACAGGAAGAGAUCUACGAAUUUGUCGAAAGGAGAAGUGAUUGGGUCCGUGUUAAACGUGAUGUAGAAAAAGUGAUGUAUGGCUUAGGAGUAAAGGAUUGUACCAUAAUGUAA